AUGAGGUUUCAUCUGGCGUCGCUGUUGGUCGCCUUGAGCACCAUCACAAGCACCCUUGCGACGCCUACCAAGGCCACCCGGUCUCCAUCGUUGGUUGACCGUGACCUCGCCACCGUCAAAGGUGUAGUUGCACAAAUAAGCACGAAGGUUGAUUCUCUCGAUGCGGACAUCACUGCCUACAGCGGCGGUGACAUCUCUGCUAUCAACGCGGCUUCCGAUGCCCUGGUUUCAACUAUCAGCGCCGGAGCCACCACCAUUGCCGCUUCCAGUGACCUCACCGGAAGCGAGAGUCUGCGUCUUGUUUCCACCAUCCAGGAUUUGACCGCCAAGGUAGAUGCUACCGUGCAGAACCUCGUUGCCAAGAAGCCGCUGGUGGUCGCUGCUGGGUCUGGAGCGGCUGUCCUCACGCAGUUAAAGUCGCAGUUGGCUGCGGCGCAGAAUCUUGCAGAUACCAUCACCUCGAAGGUUCCGGAAGCCCUCUCUGACAUUGCACGAGAACUGUCUUCUGGUAUCAACAAGGCAAUCCAGAAGGGGAUUGAUGCGUAUAAAGAUACUGCGACCACAACCACCACAACCACCACUACUACCACUACUACCACUACCACUACCACUACCACUACCACAACUUCCACCACCGCUACUACUACUACCACUACUCCUUGCAAGACGUGCUCCUCGACAACCUCCACCAGCUCUACCAGAACCACUACUCCAUGCAAGACGUGCUCUUCAACCACGACCUCCACCAGCUCUACCACAACCACUACUCCUUGCAAGACAUGCUCCUCGACCACGACAUCUACCAGCUCUACCACAACCACUGCGCCUUGCAAGACGUGCUCCUCCACCACGACCUCCUCCAGCUCUACGAGUAUCACUAUCCCUUGCAAGACAUGCACGUCCACCACAACCCCAACUACCGCUACACCAUGCGAGACAUGCACGUCAACCACGACUACAACCUCCAGUACUCCUGAGGGGCCGACUGAUUCUUCAAACCCCCCUGUGCCACCAGUUCCCACCACUCUUCAUCCCGGCCCCCAGCCUACAGGAGGCUCACCCGGCUCACCCAACCCUCCCAUUGAAGGGUCAACGGACAAUAACGGCCCUGUCUCGGGUGGAUCAGGGACUGAGUCAGGCUCGGGGUCCAGCGACAGUACCUCGACCGCUCCGGAUACUCCCCUGUUUACUGGAGCGGCGACUAAGCAGCUAGUUGAUUCCUCUUUCGCCGGUGCAAUGGUUCUUGGUGCAAUUAUAGUUGCUUUCUAA